AUCAUAAUUCGCGACUCUCCAGAGUCUCAACCACCUCAGUUCCCCACUCCUACCCCCACUGUUUCUAUUUCUGUUAUUCGGUAACUCUGUGAGGCGCAAUCAAAAUGGAGUCCACGGGUUACCGUCACAUCAGAUCAACGUCCUCCGACCGAUUCCUCGGCCUUUUCUCCUCGACACUAUCCUCAAGUGCAGCAUCCUCCGGAGGUGGCGAAGACGAACUCAAUGAAGCCGAGAUCUUCUGGACUGCUGAUUUCACAGAACCGAUUCACUCCAAUAGCAACCACAAUCACCAUCGACGGUUGAAUUUUCAUCAACAGACGGGAUCCGGAAUCCUCUCUGUGCUACCCGAAGCCGAUCAUCUGAGCUUCCGGACCCUCCACGACGGACCGGUGCUGUGCCGCAAGCCCUCGACCGCGUCAUCUUCGUCUUCGAAAGCGAUUCCGUUGAUCCCGAGACCGCCGGAGAGGGAGUACUGUGAGCCGAUACAGGGAAGAAACUUCCACCACCUCCGAAACAACCACCAGUCGGCACCGAUGAAGGUACCAGUGCUGUCUCAGGCCAUGGCGAAGAGGAGGAAGGAACAGCUUGAAGACGUGGACGUCGGUGACGGAGACGAGGCCGAGAUGUUGCCGCCUCACGAGAUCGUCGCCAGGGGCUCGGGUGUGUCCCCGAAGACGACGUUUUCGGUUCUCGAAGGGGUUGGUAGGACUCUAAAAGGAAGGGAUCUGCGACAGGUCAGAAAUGCUAUCUGGCGAAAAACUGGUUUUUUGGAUUGAUUCUUUAGCUUUCGAUAUACCAGUGCGAAGGUGUUACGGCCAGAGUUUUUGCUUUUUGGUGGAAAAGAAGAGGUUUUCUUGUUCUAAUGAGCAUCUUGAUCUCAGAUUUUAUUUUUUAUUUACUAAGAUCUCAGAAUUUUAGGUGGACGGGGUCUAUGUUUCAAAAAAUUAUCAUAUUAAUAUUGUGUAUAUAUAGAUAUUUUCUAAUGUUAUCAGCA